AUGACGGCAGAAGUUCAGCAGCCUUCCGCGCAGACUCCUGCCCAGAGCAGCCCCAUGUCUGUGCCUGAAAAAAACCACGCUCAAACUGCAGUCAUGGAAAGCGCGUCCUCCACCACAAAAUCCAAAAAGACGAACGCAGGGGUUCGUAGACCGGAGAAACCUCCGUAUUCUUACAUCGCUUUGAUCGUAAUGGCGAUACAGAGCUCACCAACCAAACGCCUCACACUUAGCGAAAUCUAUCAGUUCCUACAGAGCCGCUUCCCGUUUUUCCGAGGCUCAUACCAAGGAUGGAAGAAUUCCGUGCGUCACAAUUUGUCUCUGAACGAGUGUUUCAUAAAACUACCCAAAGGGCUUGGUCGGCCAGGGAAAGGCCACUAUUGGACUAUUGACCCAGCCAGUGAGUUCAUGUUUGAGGAGGGCUCCUUUAGAAGGAGACCCAGAGGCUUUCGACGUAAAUGUCAGGCGCUUAAGCCUAUGUACAGCAUGAUGAACGGCCUGGGUUUCAACCACAUCCCGGACUCCUACAACUUCCAGAGCGGCGGAGGGGGGCUGUCCUGCGGCCCCAACAGCCUGUCACUGGACAGUGGCAUUGGCAUGAUGAACGGGCACUUGGGGAACAUGGAAGGCAUGGGACUGUCCGGUCACUCCAUGUCGCAUUUGUCAACCAACACUGGACACUCAUACAUGGGGAAUUGUCCGGGAUCGACGGGGAGCGAAUACUCUCAUCACGAUAACUCUGCAUCUCCUCUGCUCACAAGCGGGGGCAUCAUGGAGCCGCACCCCGUGUACUCCAGCUCCGCAUCGGCCUGGGCGCCCACGCCAACCGCUUCUCUUAAUAACGGGGCCUCAUACAUCAAGCAACAGCCACUGUCUCCAUGUAAUCCAGGAACAAACUCUCUGCAGCCCAGUUUACCCACUCACUCUCUUGAGCAGCCAUACCUGCAUCAGAAUGGACACGGCGCCACAGACUUGCAAGGUAUCCCUCGUUACCAUUCGCAGUCUCCCAGUAUGUGCGACCGAAAAGAGUUCGUGUUCUCCUUUAACGCCAUGACCUCCUCCGCUAUGCACUCCCCGAGCAGCGGCUCCUACUACCACCACCAGCAGGUCUCCUACCAGGACAUCAAACCGUGCGUAAUGUGA